AAAGUCAUUGGCAUGUUUACACAAGGUCGCACACACGUAUAUGGAAAACACUUUGAAAUAUACUGAACGAUAGAAAGUUGUCAUUGAACUACAGUUUAGUAACAGAUCAACAUUCAGGAGAGAAAUCACUGGGUGUAGAAAAAUCGUUAGCAUCGGGUUCUGUACGUUAUUUGGAAUCAUUUGCUGGUUACAAGACGUCCAAAUAAGACAUACCGGCUAAUACCGGCGUUCUGAAUUCCAACAGAAAAUAAAUAAAUUUUCGUAUCAUGAACUCGUCUCAUUUGACAAAGGGAAGUGAGGUUCCGCCUUUCCAGUCUGGAAAACUACGUCUUUACAGCAUGAGAUUUUGCCCUUAUGCCCAGAGGGUUCAUUUGGUCUUGGAUCAAAAAAACAUUCCAUACGAUGUGGUAUUUAUAAAUUUGGGUAACAAGCCGGACUGGUACCUGGAGAAGAGUCCUCUGGGGAAAGUGCCAUGCAUUGAGUUUCCUGAAGGCGAAGUUUUGUACGAGAGUCUGAUAAUCGCUGAUUAUCUGAAUGAGGCUUUUAGCCAGGGUAAUCUGUACCCAGACGAUCCUCUUCUGAAAGCUAAGGACAAGCUGUUGAUCGAGAGAUUCAACGGUGUUAUAACUCUGAUGUACAAGCUGCACUUUGAGACUUCUGUUGAUCGAGACGCGUUCGAGGAAGUCUUGAAGGGAUUAGAAAUAUUUGACAGAGAACUGGGGAAACGGGGGACCCCCUUCUUUGGUGGGAAUAAGCCUGGAAUGCUGGACCUGAUGAUCUGGCCAUGGUGUGAGAGAGCUGAUCUCAUCAGAAUUCUCAGAGGCGAGCAAUAUGCCAUCCCGCGUGAACGUUUUCUCAGACUGCUUCAGUGGAAAUCGGCAAUGAAAGAAGAUCCAGGGGUCAAAGUCAGCUACUUGCAGCCAGAAAUCCACGAAAAAUACAUGAGAAGUCGUCUAGCUGGAAGUCCACAAUACGACUUGCUUGUCCAGAGCAAAUAAAGAGAAGAAACAUGACGUGCAUUAAAAUCAUCAAAAGUUUAUAAAGAAAAUACUAAAGUUUAUUGAAUACUUAAAGUUGAUAUAAUGUCAGAUUGAGUGUCAA